AUGAGUUCCGGAAGCGAGGCCACUUUGAUGAAUCCAGAGAACGAGCCCGCGACGGUGCAACGCGCAACCCCAGAGCAGGAAUUUGCGUUGACCCUCAGACACCUCGUUCAAAAGGAUGCGGUGCAAUACGACCAUUCCAAAGACCUAUCGACGUGGGCAAUGGGCCCCAUGGCUAUUGUCGAGGUCGAAGAGAUCGAUCCUCCCAGUCGAACCGGAUCCGGGGAUAAGGCUGACCCCUCCGCCCGAGUUGAGUUGAGUGCCGAGGCUCCAAUCUGUAGCGAUACCGACUCCUGGAACGAGCCAGCCUUUUACUACGACGAGAUCGAAUGGAAGCUCGAAGAGGAAGCCUCCAGCUACCGCGCUGAUAUCUGUGACGAAGCCGAGACCAUCGUUUCCACAGGCGACGAGACGGACUUCAAGGACCGCGUUGCAACGAACAUCCUAGCAAAAGCUGUGUACGAGGAGAGUGAUAGCAAUACGGUGAAUGGCGGGUAA